UUGGCGCAUCACAUGGUGUCCUUGGAGGCCUACACACCUCCGUCAUGGGCUGCACACCUGCCCAACCCGCCCACCCAGCGCCUGCGCCUUGCAGUGACGCCCAGCCUCCUGCAUCCCUGGCCCCUGCCGGGCCUGCCGCCAGGCCUCGAGCUCUUCAUCAAGCGAGACGACCUGACGGGCAUGCAGCUUAGCGGCAACAAGGUCCGAAAGCUCGAGUUCCUGCUGGCCAAGGCCAAGGCGGAGGGCCACGACUCUGUCAUCACCAUCGGCGGCAUCCAGAGCAACCAUGCACGGGCCACGGCGGUGGCGGCGCGCUACUGCGGCCUGGACUCCCACCUCAUUCUGCGCACCUCCCGCCUGGCGGCGGACUCCGACCCGGGGCUGGUGGGGAACCUGCUGGUGGAGCGGCUGGUGGGCGCCCACAUCCACACCGUGACCAAGGAGGAGUACGCGGCCGCCGGCUCCCGCGCCCUGACCGCCCAGCUGGAGCGCCAGCUGCGGGGGCAGGGCGCGAACCCUUAUGUCAUCCCGGUGGGCGGGUCAAACGGCCUGGGCACCUGGGGCUACCUGUCCUUUGUGGAGGAGCUGAGGGGCCAGGCGGCGGACCUGGGCCUCACAGACAUCGUGCUGGCGUGCGGGAGCGGGAGCACCGCCGCCGGCAUCGCGCUUGGCAGCCACCUGGCGGGCCUUGGCGUGCGGGUACACGGGUACGCCGUGUGCGACAGCGAGGACUACUUCUACGCCUUCAUCGACGACCUGCUAGACCAGGUCGCCCCGGCAGAGGCGCGCGGGGGGGCGGGCGCCAGGGACCUCAUCAGGUGUCUUUUGGGAUGUGGCCCCUGUCCACCCACAUUCACCCUCGUCCCCCCCCCCCUCCCCGCCCGCCCAUCCUGCAGGAUUGCGGAGGCCAAGGGCGUCGGGUACGGCAUCAGCACCGACGAGGAGCUGGCCACGGUGCUCGACGCGGCGCAGGCGACAGGCGAGGCGCCGUGGGAAGGCAUCAUUCUGGACCCGGUGUACACGUGCAAGGCGCUGCACGGCUGGCUGGCUGACGUGGCGGCGGACCCCGCCGCCUGGGCCCAGCGUCGCGUCCUGUUUGUGCACACUGGGGGCCUGCUGGGCAUGUACGACAAGGCGGAGCAGCUGCAGGGGCCAGUGCAGGCACUGCAGCGCGCCCACCGCCUGCACGUGCAGAGCUGA